AUGUCGUGGCACGCCGCCUUCCCUCAGCCCAAGAGCACGCCUGCAGAGAUCACUGCGCAGGAUCUUGGAGCGCUCACCGGAACCCCAGGGGUCGACUACAUCGUCAUCGACGUGCGCCGCACGGACAUUAUCGGAGAUGCGGACGCGGCGCGUGCCAUGAUCCCCGGCGCGCUCAACCUGGCCGCGCAGACUCUGUACCCCACCCUCCCCACAGCCGGGCUCCUCCUUAAGAACAUCCCUACCGUCGUCUUCCACUGCAACUCGUGUAAGGCGGGUGGCCGUGGGCAGCGCUCGGCCGCUUGGUACCAGGAUUGGCUGGAUGCGCAUGGGAUCACCUCGUCCAAGGCCCUCGUGCUGCAGGGUGGAUGGAAGGCGUGGCUUGAGGCGUUCCCCGACAAGGUCAUCAAGGUCUAA